UGUAAUCACCUGGUCUAUUUAAGCUCACUCAGAACUCUCGUAUGACGCGAAGUAUUGUUAGCCUGUCUGCAUUCUGAGUGUAUUUCUCUGUUCAAUCUAUUGCCUUGUUUUGACCCUGCCUGUUUUUCGUGAUUGUUUGCUACCUGCCCUGACCUACGCCUGGAUUAUUGACUACUGCUUUUGGAUUUCCUUUGUUGUUGCUGUUUGCCUGGUGUUUUGACCCUUGCCUGUUUUUGGAUUUUGCUAAUAAACCUCCAUUUGGAUCUAACCGGUUUCACGCUCAUGACAAGAUGGAGAUCAAAUUUAAUUGAAUGUAAUGGAAGAACUCGAAGACUUUUCCAGAUUAUUUUUUGUCGGGACAAACAGCUCCAUCCAGUGAUAUAUUAAAGACGCUUCUAUAAAAUCGGCCUCCGUUUAUGACUCACGGAUCCACCCGCAUUUCUUUUGUUUCUCUGCCAGUCUCGAAAAUAAUCACAGGAUCAGACGGUGGAUAAUAAUAGUAACAGAGAAGAAGGAUGUUUUCUGAAGUAAACAGAUCUCUCCUGAUCCUGCUGACCAAUAGGAAUUGUGUGUGUGUGUAGAAAUGAGGCACAAGGUCAAUAUCUCAGAGGAGACAAUUCCUGUACGUCAUUAUUCAGAAUAAUACACAACGAGACAUCCAACUGACCUGGGACUCCACGUUGCUGGCUGAGCCUUGCUAAUAUCCUGGGAGGGCCGCUGUAUUAUUCUCCUGCCGUCCUCCUCUUGCUACCGGGUUGUGGAGCCUGGUUCUCUGCCCAACCGCCCCUACAGGAAGGACUCAGUUUUCUGCCUUCCAAAUUUCUGGUUUUUGCUUUAAGUUUGUCCCCGUACGGCGGGUGUGAGUCCCGGUCUCUAAAGCUGCGGGCCUUCUUAUCCCUCCAUCCCACUGCUCCAUCAUGGCUGUAGCUCUGUGGUUGCUGUGUACCUGUGCCGUCACCCUCAGUAACAUUGCCCCCUCUGCUCAAGCAUUAAGUCGUUCCAUGAUGCCUUUUGGCUUGAUGAGGAGGGAGAUGGCAUGUGAGGGUUACCCCAUCGAUCUGCGAUGCCCGGGUAGCGAUGUCAUCAUGAUCGAGAUGGCCAACUAUGGACGCACCGACGACACGUUCUGCGACGCCGACCCUUUCCAGAUGGAGAACGUUCAGUGCUACCUGCCUGAUGCCUUCAAGAUCAUGUCACAGAGAUGUAAUAACCGUACACAGUGUGUGGUGGUCGCCGGCUCAGACGUGUUUCCUGAUCCUUGUCCGGGAACUUACAAGUACCUGGAUAUUCAGUAUGAGUGUGUGCCAUACAAAGUGGAUCAAAUAGUUUUUGUAUGCCCGGGGACUCUGUUGAGGGUUCAGGCAGCAAGUUCACAGCAGGAGGUGGAGCAUCAGGCGGGGGCGUGGUGUAAGGACCCUCUGCAGUCAGGUGACCGGCUGUAUGUCAUGCCGUGGACGCCGUAUCGGACAGACACCCUGUAUGAAUACGCCUCAUGGGACGACUUCACAAAGAACCGCGCCACCACCACUUACAAGCUGCCCAAUCGAGUGGACGGUACGGGCUUUGUGGUGUAUGACGGCGCAGUCUUCUACAACAAGGAGCGAACACGUAAAAUCGUCAAGUACGAUCUGCGCACACGUAUGAAAAGCGGCGAGGCUAUCAUUACCAACGCCAACUACCACGACGUCUCACCCUACCGCUGGGGAGGGAAGUCUGACAUCGACCUGGCCGUGGACGAGAACGGACUGUGGGUCAUCUACGCCACCGUGAGCAACAAUGGCCGCCUGGUGGUCAGUCAGGUAAACCCGUAUACACUUCGUUUCGAGGGCACGUGGGAGACGAGUUUCGACAAGCGGCUGGCGUCUAACGCCUUCAUGGCGUGCGGCGUGCUGUACGCAGUGUGCUCCGUCUACCAGGACGACGACAGCGAGGCCGGCGGUGAUCUAGUGCUGUACGCCUACAACACCAACCGCAACCAGGAGGAGCCUGUGCACAUCAUCUUCCCAAACCCCUACCAGUACAUCUCAUCCAUUGACUACAACUCUCAUGACAACCAGCUCUACGUGUGGAACAACUACAAUGUGCUGCGCUACCCGCUGGAGUUUGGACCGCCCGACCCCACCACAGGGCCACUGGUCACCACACAGACUUCUAGCACCACACCAUACCAGUCCUUCUCGUCCACCUCCAGCCCAUCCACCAUGCGCCCUUUACCUGCCACUUUUCACCCCAUCGGUGCCAUAAACAAAGCCCCGGAACUGCGCCCCAUCACCGCUACGGUGCCUGUUACCCGCCGCCCACCACGCCCACGACCACGCCCACCCCAGGAGCCCGAGCUACAGGAGGGGUGUGACCCCAGCAUAGCACGAAGCAUCCAGUGGCCCAGUGCACAGAGGGGCGAGACGGUGGAGCGACCCUGCCCUAAAGGUUCUCUCGGCAUUGCAUCUUUCCAGUGUCUGUCCUCUCCAGUUCAGUGGAACCCACGAGGUCCUGACCUCAGUAACUGCACCUCUCCCUGGGUCAACCAGGUGGCCCAAAAGAUAAAGAGUGGUGAGAAUGCAGCGAACAUUGCCAGUGAGUUAGUGAACCACACGCGGAGUCGAAUCCACGCCGGAGACGUCAGCUCAUCUGUUCGUCUCAUCGAGCAGCUGCUGGACAUCCUGGACGCUCAGCUUCAACCUCUGAGACCUGGGAACAAAGAGUCGGCCACCCGCAACUACAACAAGCUACAGAAGAGGGAGAGGACCUGCCGAGCUUACAUUCAGGCUGUGGUUCAGACAGUUGAUAAACUGCUGCGUGUGGAAGCUCUGGACGCCUGGAGGGACAUGAACAGCAGGCCACUGGUCACCACACAGACUUCUAGCACCACACCAUCCCGGUCCUUCUCGUCUACCUCCAGCCCAUCCACCAUGCGCCCUCUACCUGCCACUUUUCACCCCAUCGGUGCCAUAAACAAAGCCCCGGAACUGCGCCCCAUCACCGCUACGGUGCCUGUUACCCGCCGCCCACCACGCCCGCGACCACGCCCACCCCAGGAGCCCGAGCUACAGGAGGGGUGUGACCCCAGCAUAGCACGAAGCAUCCAGUGGCCCAGUGCACAGAGGGGCGAGACGGUGGAGCGACCCUGCCCUAAAGGUUCUCUCGAAAUUUUAGGAGUGGAGUAACUGCCUUAUCACAUGUAACUGCCAUACAACGUGCACCUGGUUAUCCUUACGUGACAAUCUCAUCAAAUAUUAUAAAGAAACAGAGUGAAAUUAAUGCAGCAAAAAGACAGAAACGAAACAAAAGACAACAAAGACAGCGAGCAAGGAAAAAGGAAGCUGUGGAAAAUAAACUAAAAGAAAUGGGGAAAUUGUUAUAUGACAUAAAGAAAUUGAAUAUAUCUGAUUAAAACUGUGAAGGACCUACAAUAGAAGGAAACUGAGUCAACCCAAAGACGAACAGACACUGUACCUAGACAGUUGGAUCAAGACCCAUCAUCUUGCAGAAAGAAAAUUAUAGAAUUGUUAUAAGUUUCAUUUACCUUUAUAUGAACUUUCUUUUCCGUUUUAUAGAAUGAUAAGUUUCAUUUACUUUUAUAUAUGAAUUUAUGUACCAUUGUUUGAUUAAGAAAUGAUAUAAUGUUUGAUAGUAUGUUUAGAUAUUAAGACAGAAAGUAACAAUGAAAGCUUAAAAAAGAAAUCACGAGUUCUGUGUCAGCAGCUUUGUAAGAAUACACAGUCAGCCGUGCAGCUUAGGAGACCUAUCAGGAUGUUUUGCAGAAGCAUGAGAUCAUGAGAGACCUGAUAGAAUGCUGACAGAAGCAGAAUGACCAUUAUGAGAUCAUACUAAGAAAUGUUAUAAAUAGGGUUUUAGAACCAGUUAUCGGUGUGCAUUCACCUUGAGGCAAGCUCAUUGUGUUAUACUCUGUUUUGCUUAUAGAGGGUGCAUCAGGAGAACAAACACAGGCUUACACUAGGAGAGUGUUUCCUGGUUUGUUUUAUCUUUGCAUUUUAUUUCUUUCUACUUACGCUAGACUGACUAUUUGAAGGAGAUUUUGUUUGUAAUUUUCUUUUCUUUUACCUUAUAUAUAUUACACACAUCUAUUUGUAUUACACUAGUUUUAAU